UUGUGUUGGAAGUAGUUCCGGAUAUUUUUUGUGUUGCAAACGACAGAGUCCCGGAUGCUGGUUGUAAGAGAGAAAGGGAAAAGGCGGAGAAGCCGAAGAGGGAAGCCACGGGCACAUCAGUGAAGGCACAACGGGUCUAAUCUAGGACAAACGCCAAGAGAAUAGGCACCUGCGGGACUUUCUUGUUGAAGAUCAGGUGGAAGAGGAGUGGGCAGUUACUUCAACACUUCCCUGGACAAAGGCAACGACCAUAUAUACCCAGGGUUUCACUCAGAGACGGCUAGAUCGCUGAAGCCCUGAGCUAGGGGAGCCCUGUCCUCAGCCUCAACUCACCUGGCUUGCAUUUUACCCAUCAACCCCCUUCUACCGCGCAGACUCGCCGCAGCCCAGCCUGUCGUCACUAUGACGUCGGAGCUGGAGAGUAGUCUGACCUCCAUGGAUUGGCUGCCUCAGCUGACCAUGCGGGCAGCCAUCCAGAAGGCUGAUGCCCAGGGGCACCACGGGGGGCCGGGCAUGGGCAAGAAGAGUGCAAUGCUGGACCCCAACACCACUCUGGACCAGGAGGAGGUCCAGCAGCACAAAGACGGCAAGCCGCCCUACAGCUACGCCAGCCUCAUCACCUUCGCCAUCAACAGCUCGCCUAAGAAGAAGAUGACCCUGAGUGAGAUCUACCAGUGGAUCUGUGACAACUUCCCCUACUACCGGGAGGCAGGCAGCGGCUGGAAGAACUCAAUACGGCACAAUCUGUCAUUGAACAAGUGUUUUCUCAAAGUGCCUCGCUCCAAAGAUGACCCAGGAAAGGGCUCCUACUGGGCCAUCGACACCAACCCAAAGGAGGACGCCCUGCCCACACGGCCAAAGAAGAGGCCGCGGUCCGGAGAGCGGGCUUCCACACCGUACACCCUGGAGUCGGAGUCUUUGGGAAUGGACUGUAUGAUCUCUGGAAGUGCCUCUCCAACUCUGGCAAUCAACACUGUGACUAACAAGGUGGCAUUAUACAACCCAGACCAGGAUGGGAGUGACAGCCCAAGAAGCAGCCUUAACAACAGCCUGUCUGACCAGAGUCUGGCCUCCGUCAAUUUAAACAGUGUGGGCAGCGUGCACAGCUACACACCGGUGACUAACCACCCAGAGCCGGUGUCUCAGUCGAUGAGCCUCCAGCAGCCCCUCCAGCCCCAGUACAACAUGCCAGAGAGGGACAAGCAGCUCCUCUUCUCUGACUUUGAAGAUCUCAGUGCCUCCUUCCGCAGCCUUUACAAGUCUGUCUUUGGGCAGUCCUUCAGCCAACAGGGUUUGAUGGGCAUGCCAACGGAAUCGUCCCAACAGACCCACACCUCCUGCUCCUAUCAGCACUCACCCAGUGGCACCAUUAGCACCCAGAACAGCCUGACAAACAACCACUCCAGCAGCGGUGGCCAGGUGCCUCUGUCCCACCCUCCCCAGCAUCCUGGCCAGAACGCCCACCCGGGCCAUGGCUCGCCCCACACACAGCACAUCUCCCAGCACGGCCCACACAACCAACAUGGCCAGCACAACCAACACAGCCAGCACCAGCACCCCCAUCACCCUGCACACUCCCAGCAUGGUCCGCACCCAUCACAGCACACGCCGCACCCCUCCCAACACACACAGCACACCCAGCACCCCUCCCAACACUCACAGCAGCACGGCCAGCACCCCUCCCAGCAGCAGCAUCAGACUCUGGCUCACCAGCCUCAUCCUGCCCAGCAACAGAUGGCCUGCAACACGGGUCUGCCCUCUGACUGGUACCCAAAUCUGGACGCACUGAAAGAGAGCUGCCGUAUUGCCAGCAGUUAUAACUGGGCUGAUGUCGACCUCUCACCUUUUCAAGGACUGAAGGAGAGCAUGAGACUAGCAGAGCAGAACAACUGGGCCCUGGAGCCCACACAGAUCGCAGAUCUCUGCUCAUCUAUCAACCAGUUCUUCGCCCGCACCGGUGUCAUUCAGCCACAGGGGGCAGUGCAGCCCGUACCCGUAUGCCAUGGCUCCAUGCACCCCAACAAGCCCAGCCAGCACAUGGCCACAGGAAAUCUCUACAUGGACUCAAGACAGAGCAUGUCUAUGAUGGGCCCCCCAGGAUACCCCCACAUGCCACCACUGAGCAGCGCAGGUCCCACAAUGACAGGACACCAUGCGCAGAUGAACCAGCAGCACAUGAUCUCUCCCAGAAACUUCCAGAUGCACCGCAUGCCAGCUGAUGACAUCCAGGAUGACUUUGACUGGGACUCCAUUGUCUAAUGUUAGAUGUUCUGCCCCUAACAAGGAACGGUCAGGUGGUGCGGAGCAGAUGGAAGUAGGAGGAAGAAGCCAGGCUGAGCUGUACGCUCUAGCGAGGAGACUGACUGUUGCUGGUGGGAUACAGAACAGAAGAGCAGGUGUUGUUUUGGGAGGAUAGAGGGAGAGACUUCAGAGUGCUGCCAUUUUUACUAACAAAAUGAAACAUACAAAAUAAAUGUUACUUUGAAGACAAUCAUAUUUACUAGGACAUGUUUAAGUGGUGGCUUAUGUGCUUGUCUUGACCAGGCAAGUAGCACACGUUCAUGUCGAAACAAAUCCUCCAGUCCUCGUUCCUCAGCCAGCCCUCUCCCAUCCCCCUCCCAGCCAGCAGCUUUCCAAAGUUCCCCCAGCUCCCUCCGUAACUGUUGUGUGAUUUGAGCGACUUGUUCCGCUUGUUAUCCUUCUCGUGUUGACUUUAGGCCUCGGCUGCCUCUUGGAUGAGUUUCUCUCUUUAUUCGUUAUUAUUAUUUUAUGGAAAAAGCAAGCCGCCUGUGGUGCUUGUUGGUUUGCUUUGGAUGGAACCCCAAUAGUGGGUGUAUUGGUAGGAAGGUUAGGAUCCCCAUUAGUGGGUGUAUUGGUAGGAAGGUUAGGAUCCCCAAUAGUGAGUGUAUUGGUAGGAAGGUUAGGAUCCCCAAUAGUGGGUGUAUUGGUAGGAAGGUUAGGAUCCCCAAUAGUGAGUGUAUUGGUAGGAAGGUUAGGAUCCCCAAUAGUGGGUGUAUUGGUAGGAAGGUUAGGAUCCCCAAUAGUGAGUAUUGGUAGGAAGGUUAGGAUCCCCAAUAGUGGGUGUAUUGGUAGGAAGGUUAGGAUCCCCAAUAGUGGGUGUAUUGGUAGGAAGGUUAGGAUCCCCAAUAGUGGGGGUAUUGGUAGGAAGGUUAGGAUCCCCAAUAGUGGGUGUAUUGGUAGGAAGGUUAGGAUCCCCAAUAGUGGGUGUAUUGGUAGGAAGGUUAGGAUCCCCAAUAGUGGGUGUAUUGGUAGGAAGGUUAGGAUCCCCAAUAGUGGGUGUAUUGGUAGGAAGGUUAGGAUCCCCAAUAGUGGGUGUAUUGGUAGGAAGGUUAGGAUCCCCAAUAGUGAGUGUAUUGGUAGGAAGGUUAGGAUCCCCAAUAGUGGGUGUAUUGGUAGGAAGGUUAGGAUCCCCAAUAGUGAGUGUAUUGGUAGGAAGGUUAGGAUCCCCAAUAGUGGGUGUAUUGGUAGGAAGGUUAGGAUCCCCAAUAGUGGGGGUAUUGGUAGGAAGGUUAGGAUCCCCAAUAAUGGGUGUAUUGGUAGGAAGGUUAGGAUCCCCAAUAAUGGGUGUAUUGGUAGGAAGGUUAGGAUCCCCAAUAAUGGGUGUAUUGGUAGGAAGGUUAGGAUCCCCAAUAGUGGGUGUAUUGGUAGGAAGGUUUACAAUAACUGAGGUUAUGUUUUGAACAGGGUGUUUUUUACAUGCUUUAUCAUAGAGUGUUGUCCUUUACCCAACACAUCUGGCCCAUUUUGUUUUUUUUAGCUAAUUGUGUACAUUCAGAAACAUUACCGGCAGUAUUUGUUGUGGUUUUGUGUCUAUUCUGUUAACAAUGUCAUACGUUUAUCUCCAAUACUCCAAGACUGAAACUGGUAGAUGAAUUCCAGACCUCAUCACCCCCCUCACCGUCUGGCUUUUUUUUCCUUUGUCAAAAUAACACUUAGACUUAAAGUAGUCUCAUUCUCAAUCACUACAUCCUUCCACUGGUCCCGCAAUCAAUGAGAUUGAUUAUCAUUUCCCUGUACUAGUGUAUUAAGGGAAUAGUUUGUAGUUAAUACACAAAAUGAGUGAGUCCAAGUAUACACCUGUAGGUGUCUUUUCAUAUAUUAAACUCAGUGUACAUGCAGCACAAUGAACUGUAGGAUAUUUUCCUGUUAUCUUCUGAUGCAGGAAAUGUACUGAUAUAACUUAAUUACUACAAACAAUAGGAAUGUUCUUCAUUUUUUUUUUUUUUUUUUUUUUUUUAAUUUUACCUUUAUUUAACUAGGCAAGAUCAGUUAAGAACAAAUUCUUAUUUUCAAUGACGGCCUAGGAACAGUGGGUUAACUGCCUGUUCAGGGACAGAACGACAGAUUUGUACCUUGCUCAGGGGUUUGAACUUGCAACCUUCCGGUUACUAGUCCAACGCUCUAACCACUAGGCUACGCUCUAACCACUAGGCUACGCCGCCGCCCCACAUUCAGAUGCUAUACGUCCCAAGUCAUCAGAAUCGAUCUCCCAAAUAUCUUGGUUGUGACCGACUUACACUGCAAGGCAGAAAAUAUGCUGAAAUACCAUAUAAAAAGGGAACACGGUGUGUGUGUGUGUGUUUGCCCUAAAAUUACAAUCAUCUGCAUAUGCUAUCAACGAGCACCAAACAGAUGCAGAAAGAAGAAGGGUUCAAGGCAGAUGUGCAUUUUGGUUAGGAUCCCCAACAGCCAGGUGGAGAUGGAGGAUGGGAGACUAGAGGUUCUGGAAACACUCCUGUCCUCUCUGUCCCUCUUUGUCAUCUUAAUCAGACUGGCCCUGAACCCCCAUCAUGGUGCUGCGUUAAACCUGUAUGGGAGCUUUGUCUGGGUAGAGCACAGUUAAUCUUCCCUUUUUCAUUUGUUCCUCCACUAUUGGCCCUUAGAUAAACUAAAUCUUUGGCUGGAUUUUGUUUUACUCCAUUUCUGAAAAUCAUGACAUUGUUUUGUAAUAUCACAUAAACACCGCUGGGGCCCGACACCAAUAUGUCUCUUGUGACAGUGUACAUGUGUAGAUACUGAACCGCCAUUGUCCUUUUGAAACAGGAGGCAGAAGACAAGAAGGGAAGCUUGGCUGGAGCUAGUGCUAGUGCUAAUGCUAAUGAUAGUGCUAAUGCUAGUGCUGGAGCUAGUGCUAAUGCUAGUGCUAAUGAUAGUGCUAAUGCUAGUGCUGGAGCUAGUGCUAAUGCUAGUGCUAGUGCUAGUUCUUCUCACAGCUAGCUAUACUGCCAAGAAUAUCUGCAAGGUUUCACAGAUCUUUUAGUAGCCAGUUCGUUAAUACUGCCCAUUGUUUUGAUCUUAAAUGUUUUUUUCUUCCUUUUCCUUCUUUUUCCUUUUCUUACUUCUGCUAUUUGUACCUAAUUUUCGGUUAGAUUCCCAAAUGUUCAUUGUAUUUGAAAGCGUUGUGUGUGGCUGAUUGUCCUGCCUGUGGAUACCCAUUGAGUGUUUAGUCUUUGUUUAAUGGCCAAAAUCAGUCAGUCAGUCAGCCAGCCAGCCAUUUAAAGCACAGUCUGAUUGCUCAUUCAGUUCAAAAGCCAAGAUCACUUAAGAUUGUCAAUCAUUGAGCCCUUCAUUAGUGAAGGAGGACUACUUUAUGGAGAAAAGAUCAGUGUAGUGAUUUUUAAUUGACCAUUUGAUUACUAGUUGAAGUCAGUGUGGGUGCUGCAGACUCUGGGACUUACCUAAGGAAUGGGUGUUUUGAGGAACACAGUGAGAAUAUGGAUAUAAAAGUGAUAGGGAAGUCUUGGCAGCCCAUGGUUUUGUAUGUUGCAUUUCAUCACUGGUAAUUAUGAAGGCACUAAUGAAAAACUCUCGGACAGCCUUAGGGUAUGUAGUAAAUCCACCCCCACAGCUCAGAGGAGAUGGGAUGGGCUGGAAAGAGCUCAUGGAUGUGAUCAGAGGUAAAGAGGAAGGGAAAGACGAUGACUGGAUCACCCUCUUAACUGUGUGUGUGUCUGUGCGAGUGAGUACAUUUUGUUUAAAAAGACAAUGACAUUUUUUAAAUACUGCUGGAGAUGUACCUGCCAGAGAGAUUACUAUGAUAUGAAAAAAGAAAAUAAGCCUUGUUCGCUUGUUACAUUAUGGAGAAAACUGCCAAGAAGUACUGCUGAUUGAGGCCUAUUUUAUUCAGUGCUGGUGUGUUGUUGUGCUUCUUGUAAAUAAAUGUCUUUUCAAUCAUCCCUUUUUCCUCUUGGGGGCGGGGCAUCAAGGCAAGGGGUUGGUCUUACUCAUGAGAGGGAAAAGAAUAGAGUAUUUUGUUAUUGUCCAAAUAGAGGGUGAGACCGUAUGUGUAUAUAUCUAUAUUGUAUAUAUGUGAUGAAAAUGUGUUGGCUUUUUGUGACACUACCUUUUACCUGUACUAUGGUUCUACAUUCAGUGUUUCAAUGUUGAUAAUAUAUAUUUUGUUAUGUUUUUCAGUUUUUGAUUUUGUCUGUCAUUUGUUGUAUUUGUUUUCUUUUUCUCCUUUUUGUCCUCUUGGUUAUUGCACGGUUUAUUACUUUUGCUGUCCAAUGAGGUGAUACAGCUACUCUUUGUAUUGGUUAAGUGCUGUAAAAUAACUUGUUAUUAGAGUUGUCGAUACCACCCCCAUCCCCAAUAUGCAUGAAUGGCACUUAAAGAAAUAAAAUGUUAACUUCACUGUGCAA